AUGUGGACAGCGAUAAAAGUUUUCAUUUUUUGGACACCCGUCCUAGUUAGUGGAUCGACUGUGGAGUUUAUCCUUAGAGCUGCAGCCGAAUCUUCACUUUCUUUGUUAAUAAUCCAUAAUGAUUACUGCCCGGAUACAUGGUUAAAGGAAAUCUUUCAGAAUCACACGAUUCCGGUGGUAGUUCUGCCAGCUGGAGAGCAUUAUAUAAAAAUACAUGAGUUUUCUCGACCGCUACACAUAUUUUGCCUGCCUGGCCAUGAACUGCAUAACGAUCUGAAGAUACUCAAAGAACUACUCGCUUCUUUAAACGAUGUUCCUAAUUCAAAGGCACUAUUGUAUAUAUCCAAUAGUUUCUCUAAUCGAACCACAAUGGACAGUCUUCUUAGAAUCUGCUACUAUCAACGUAUACCCAACGUUGUCGGACUUUUAGCGGCAGAUGAGCAUCUAUACUUUUACAGAUAUCAUUUUUACCCCGGAUUCCGAUCGGAAUAUAGGCCUCUGCAGUCUUUAAACAUCUUUGAUAAGGAUUUUCCCAACAUGCAAGGUCAUCCUCUAAUUGUCAUGCCUGAUCAAUGGCUUCCUCGUUCCGUACUUUAUAUUGACAAACAAACUGGAAAGCAAAUCCUAUCUGGAUCCGUGGGCCGCUUCAUUAAUGUGCUGGCCUGGAGGCUCAACGCCACUCUGCAGCUUGCCCAGACAGUGACUCCCGGGCGCUUUUUUCAUGCCACAACCCUCAAGGAGCUGGGGAAGAACAUGACUAUUGAUGUUCUUGCCAGUAUAUCGAUGCUGGAGAGGGGAGAGCAGUUGGUUCGAACCAGUUAUCCGUUGGAGUUAACCCAUAUCUGCCUAAUGAUCCCGGUGGCUCAGGAAAUUGCUUUAAAGGACAUAUAUUUCCUUUUAAGCAGUGUUUCCAAUAUGCUCUUAGGUAUUGGUAUUGUAUUUACCUAUGGAUUGAUUUUAAGUCUCCUUGAGAUUUUGUCCAAUCGCGAUGUGUAUUUUGUGGAUCUUGUGUUAAAUGGCGAAGCUUUGCGUGGGAUUUUGGGUCAAUCUUUUAAGAUGCCAAGCAGCCGUUCCAGCCGGUUGAUAUAUGUAAUGCUGGGAGUAAUAGGUCUUAACGUAAGCAGCAUAUUUGAGGCGGCUCUGGAAACAAUGAUGGCGCAUCCACCUCGGGAAUUUCAAGCACGCAGUUUUGCAGAUGUUGGGAGAAAGCGAAUCCCGUUGGUUACCACAGAAGAAGAUUUGCACACCCUGGAUGAUCUCCAUUUGACUUUGCUGGUGCUUAAUAUAAGUGAAUACCAUAACGUGAGAAAUGGGAGAAACUCCAGCAAUGCCUACUUUGCCUCCCGAUUGCAUUGGACUUUAUACAGUGAGCAGCAAAAGGGCUUCACCCGGGAGCUCUUUAUUUAUUCGAUGGAUGCGUGUCUAUGGUCCUUGGCUUUUUUAUCGUUCCAAUGGCCCCAGAGUUCCAUGUUUGCAGAGCCCGUCAGCAAACUCAUCCUAGAGGUAAGGGCCAAUGGACUGUAUCAGUUCUGGGUGGGCAUGCAUCACUAUGACAUAAUAGAGGCAGGUUUGGCCAACACGGAGGAUCCCAGUCGGCAGUUAAGUGAAUUGAAGCUGACUAUUGCUUUGCGAGUAGUUGAUCUGCAAUGGGUGUGGCUGGCUUAUGGUGCUCUUCUGGCUAUUGCGUUUCUGGUAUUUCUGCUGGAAGUUUUUUGGGGCAUAGUCUCAUCAUAUCUUCACAAAUUUAUUGGAUAA